GUGAAGUGAAGGGAAAGCGAUUCCUUGAGUUUGGAAGUGGUCCUACAGUACAUACACUGUUUAGUGCCAGGAAUGCUGUCGAAGAAAUUACUUGUUGCGAGUUUGCUGAAUGCAAUAGAAAGCAAAUUGAACAAUGGUGGAACAGGGAAGAGGACGCACAUGAUUGGAGUGAAGCAUUGAAAUUCGUUGCUCAACUAGAACAGCAUAGCGACCAUGAGCGCAUUGCAACCGAAGUUCGUGAAAAGCUCCAAGAAGUCUUACCAUGUGAUGCUCGAUUGCAGAAUCCAUUAUACCCCAACAUCCGGGAGCCAUAUGACGUCAUCAUGACCAGUCUUACUUUGGAAGCCACGUGUGAGUCAAUAGACCAAUAUAAUGAAGCCGUCGUCAAUAUGUCAAAAUUGAUUCGACAAGGUGGUCAUUUGAUAAUGUUCGGAGUGUUGAAUGAAUCAUUUUAUGUCGUGAAUGGAGAGCGAUUCUUUUGUCUUAGACUGAAGCAAGAGGAUGUCGAGAAUGCUUUAAAACUGGCUGGGUUUGAGAAAAUAAAAACGAAAGUGCAGGGAGGCCCGAGUAGUGGAGUUGCUUCGGACUUUGAAGGCGUGUUUUUUAUAACAUGUACAAAACAAUAAAAUGGUAUAGAUAAUGUGCACCAAAACAUUUUUAAAUUACAAUAAACAAAUACCAUAUUUAUGAUUGUUUUGUGUUUGAGUAAUGUUACACUUUCUAUUUUAUAACCUUUCUAUGUGAUUAAAUGAUUUGAAAAUAUUUUAUAAAGGGUUGCAGCAAGGCAGCUCGGAAUGUUCUUUGCAUCCAGUAUAAAUUCAAUUCAAUUCGAUUCAGCUUUUUUUCUUAUAUAGGCUACAGUAUAAAAGUUUCACAUGACACCCUUGUGAGUGUAUACAGUAUAAAGAAUAUGUUGUUUGAAUAAUAGGCAUAUGAAAUGUCGAAACGUCGAAGGUGCGAUUUUUAUUUUUUCCUUAUUUCACGCGUUGU